AUGACACAGGUGCUCGCCUUGGCCUCUCGACAGAUGGAAGCUAUCAGGCCUCCCAUCCACCGCCACGUCGACUUGGGCCAGUCGUUCAACGCCGCCGGCCCCGCCAGCGGCCUUAUCAACACGGCCGUUGGUGUCGCCCGCGGUUCGUCCCCGCGCCGAGCGGCGUCGUCGAGAAAGCGAGUCUCCCGCGCCGAUGCGGACCACGCCAUGAGCGACUCGCCGACGGCCAAGAGGCUCGUCCUUCACUCGCAGCAAGAUGGACCGCGGGAUUUCCUGUGCCUCUGCACCCCGGCACCAAAGAUCCCCCGACCUCGAAAUGCUUUCAUCCUAUAUCGCCAGCAUCACCAGGCCCGCGUGACGGCCGACAACCCGAAGCUCUCCAACCCGGACAUCUCCAAGAUCAUCGGCGAGAUGUGGGGCAACGAAAGCCACGAGGUCAAGUCGAGGUGGAAGGCGCUCGCCGAGGAGGAGAAGCAGCGGCACCAGAGCCAGUACCCGAAUUAUCGCUAUCAGCCUCGGAGGGGCAACAAACCCCAGGCCGGCUGGGGAACGACAUCGCCGACCGAGGAGCACGGCCGGUGCCAAAAGUGCGGCGGCCGAACCUCGUCCACGCCGCACACGCCCUCGACCCCCUUCGCCACCUCGCCGGCAGGCAACCAGGGGCAGCCGGGGGCCCAGGGGCAAGAAACCGACCGCUCCCGCCGAUCGAGCGUGGAGCAGUCGCCGACCAGCAGCGUGCUCCCCGUUCCCGUGCCCAAGUGCGGCGGUGGCGGCCACGGCAACAACAAAAUGGCCGCCGUUCGCGACGUCCACGACGGUGAGCCGUCAUCGCCUGACAUCAAACGGCGACGGGCCAACGACGCGGGCGGCUACCAUGCCGUCAACGGUUCGUACGUGAGGCGACAGUCCAUGGAUUCGUCGCCGGCGACGACCGAGAGAGCACCUCGCACCCUGAUGCAAUCCUAUGCACGGAUCCCCCUUCCGGAGAUCGGCCACCUCACACGGUCGCAGAGCGGCCCCAUGCCCCCGCCUCUGCGACCGGCGGCAUUGUGGCUCGAGCAGGACGCGCAAAACCGUCGGCACAGCUGCUUUGACGAAUCCCUUCGUCUGCCUCCGCUUCAGACCGCCGUCCCGCCCGCUCCGUCGCGCGUGCUGGGCACCGACAGCCGACGCGUGAGCCUGCCCAUGAUGGGCGCGUCCGCCUUCCGGGAGGGACAAGCAUCCAAGGCCGUUUCGUCCGACAAAGUCAUCAUGUCGAUUCCCCUGCAGCGGAAGAUGUCCAUACUCGCGAGCAUCUGCCAGCUGGUACCGCCCCGAGGCGCCGACGACGUGCCCGAUGGCGCGCGGGGAGCCUUCAUCGCCGUCGAAGGGCCGAAUGCGAGGCUGCUUCACGACGUCGGCUGCGCCAUCGAGAGGGAGCUGCUCGCAUGCGACGAGUUCGACCUCAAGGUGUGGCGAAACGAAUCGUCCGGCCGAGACGCCACGGCCACCGGACCGUCUCAACCCCUGCACCGAGCUGACGGUCGACUGGCCGACUCGCUCGAGCCUUAUUUCAAGGAAAUUUUGCGGUGGCAGAACACGUCCAAGGAGAUUCGCCGCCACAUCACGGGCGGCAACUCCCCCCCCGAGAAAAACCCGGCGGCCCGUGGCUCGGCGGCCAAGGUCCACGUCGCGCUGGCCAGGGAGGGUUUCAGCUUGACCGUGUCGGACAGGUAUGCCUGCGCGAUGCCCAUCCUCGACACCUACUCGCCUUCGGACCACUGGCAGUGGAUGGCGACCAUGUGGCGCGGCACGGUUUCGCCCGACUUGGUCGUGCACGUCAUGCCGAGCGAGGACGAGGGGAGCGGCGCCGGCAGGAGCGUCGAGCUUCUGGAGCACAUGGGACUCCUCGCCGUGAGGCUUCCGGCGGCCAAGAGCCUCGACGAGGGCGUUGAGCGGAGGAUCAGGUUCGAGGUCAAAGAGUGGAUGCGAGCGGCGUCAUUUCGGGAAGCUCUACCCAACGCCUGGAGGCUUGCUCCCGUCUCAUGA